GAGCUAAUUUAUUUGAGUGGAGUGGAAGUAGUAGCAAGUACGUCGUAUAUGUGGUUGAUCUUUUGCUGGUUGUUUGUUUUGUUCCUUCCAAUUGUCAGAUCUGAAUCACCAGACUCACUCUUCACACUCACUCACACUGAAUGGCUUCUGAAGGCGACCAUCACCACCACCACCACCACCAUCAAGAUCACGAUCAUCAUCAUCAUGAUCAUGAUCACCAUCAUCAUCACGAUGGAGAGGGAGAGACCAAGUCAUGGGUAGGUAAGGAUGGGAAGGUGUACCAUAGCCACGAUGGUCUGGCGCCGCAUUCUCACGAACCCAUUUACUCCCCCGGCUACUUCACCAGAAGAGCUCCACCGCUUCUCAACAGAAACUUCAACGAAAGAGCCUUCACCGUCGGAAUCGGUGGACCCGUCGGUACUGGCAAAACAGCUCUCAUGUUGGCCCUUUGUGAACUCUUGCGCGAAAACUACAGUCUCGCAGCUGUGACAAAUGAUAUAUUCACUAAAGAGGAUGGUGAGUUCUUGGUGAAGCACAAAGCACUUCCUGAGGAAAGGAUACGCGCUGUAGAAACUGGGGGUUGCCCACAUGCUGCUAUUCGGGAGGACAUCAGUAUUAAUCUUGGACCGCUGGAGGAGCUUUCUAACCUCUUCAAAGCAGAUAUACUUCUUUGUGAAUCUGGGGGAGAUAACCUGGCUGCCAAUUUCAGCAGGGAAUUGGCUGACUAUAUUAUUUACAUAAUAGACGUGUCUGGCGGUGAUAAAAUUCCUCGGAAAGGUGGUCCUGGAAUCACGCAAGCUGAUCUCCUUGUGAUAAACAAGACUGACCUUGCUCCUGCAAUUGGGGCUGAUUUGGCAGUCAUGCAGCGGGAUGCUCUGCGGAUGAGAGAUGGAGGGCCAUUUGUCUUUGCACAGGUGAAGCAUAAGAUUGGAGUAGAAGAAAUUGGGAAUCUUGUCUUGCAGGCAUGGGAAGCAGCCACAGGGAAUAAGCGUCAUUAACAUUUCUUUGAAAAACGGUUUCCUUUGUGUUGUAUAUUUUCUUAGCAUGUUUAGUAAUAACUCCAGAAACAUGAUGUUCACGACGUGGAUUCGAGUUCUUAUGUUGUGUCUGUUCCUGCAUGUUACAGUAUCAAGUUCAUAAACAUGUUACUACUUGGACCUAAUCUGUAUGUGCGACUCAUCUUUUUCUCUGUUUUUUUGUUAAACUCCCUGAUGGUGCACUUGUUUAGAAAGGAAAAAAUGUACUAUGAAAAUGAAACUUAUUCCAUGCUUGCUAA